GAAAGAAGCACAGGAGUGAGAUGUUCCGUGUGAUUCCUCCCCGACAGCAUUUCUAGCAGAGAGAACAGCAGCCGUGUGUAAGAUCUGGCAGAGGGGCAGCAACCUCCUCACUGACAUGAGUGGAACCAAUCAGAUGAGACAGAGGGAGGAGAGCAGCCCAAGCCUCACCCUCCUGGGAAAAUUCAACUGAGCAAACUUGAAGAGCAGCUCUCAUUGUCUGCAGCCAGGACAGGACAGUGCCUGAGAGCUACUGAUAUAAUGAAGAGCAAACAGGGGCAUCGUUACAUUUCACUUUCAGCAGCUCUGGGAAACACUGACUUCUGUGAGUCUGACUCAGCCCCGUGUCUCUCCUAAAGGAACCUGCCCAAUUCACCAGCAGCACCGACACCUUUGCACCUUGGCACUGAGACCCAUCAGGCUGCAACUUCUUUUCCCACAAAUCUAAAGAUUCUCCAUUUGCAACUUUCCUUGGAACAAAAGGCAAUUUGCAACUUUGUAUUGAGAAUUCUGGAUACCUGCAACUUUGUAUUUCUGGUCAGCUCUGUCUGUCUGUCUGGAACUUCACCUUCAAAGCUCAGUUACCUGGAUUCCAGCAAAGCUUUUUUUUUAAUUGAGCAAAGAGCUGACAUUCUAGUUACUCGUCUUCUGAAUCCGGACACCUGCGACUUUGUCUUUUUGAAAGCUGGUUACCUGCAACUGAAUUCUAAGGAACACACAUCUGGGGAUUUGCAACUUUCUAUUCUUCAUACUCAGAAGGGAGCGACUUGGUUAACUGUAUCUCCACUGCAAGGAGGGUUUAACGGGCAGUUGGGGGAGAGAAAUAAGGGGCAGUUGGAGAGGGCAAUUAAGGGGGCUGUUAGGGAAGAGGAUUAGGUGGCAGUUAGGGAAGACAUUUAAGUGGCAGUUAAAAGGGUAUAAAGGGGCAGUUAGGGAAGAGGAUUAAGUGGCAGUUAGGGAAGAGGGUUAAGGGGCAGUUAGGAAAGAGGGUUAAGGGGCAGUUAGGGAAGAGGGUUAAGGGGCAGUUAGGGAAGGUGAUUAAGUGGCAGUUAGGGAAGAGGAUUAAGGGGCAGUUAGGGAAAAGGAUUAACUAACAGUUAGGGAAGAGGAUUAAGGGGCAGUUAGGGAAGGUGAUUAAGGGGCAGUUAGGGAAGGGGUUUAAGGGGCAGUUAGGGAAGAGGAUUAAGGGGCAGUUAGGGAAGAGGAUUAUAAAGUGGUUAGGGAAGGGGUUUAAGUGGCCUGUAGGAGAGUAUAAAUCGCAUUAGAUCAGAGCAAAUGCCCCAGCUGUGGAUGUGAAGCUCAUGGACACCAGUGGAAUUUACAACAUGUCCUAUGAGCAGAACGUCAGUGCCCCCUCUGAUGCCCUCAAUGUGGUUUCUCCCAGAGUCGGCAGCCCCCCCACCAUCCCAGCUGUCAUGUUCGUAUUCGGGGUGGUAGGUAACCUGAUCGCGAUUAUCGUGCUGUGCAAGUCGAGGAAGGAGCAGAAGGAGAGCACGUUCUACACGUUGGUUUGCGGUUUGGCUCUAACCGACCUGCUGGGCACGUGCCUGGUGAGCCCGGUGACUAUUGCCACUUACAUGCGGGGCCAGUGGCCGGGGGGAGAAGCCCUGUGCGAGUACAGCUCCUUCAUCCUCCUCUUCUUCGGUCUGUCCGGUCUGAGCAUCAUCUGCGCCAUGUCCAUCGAGCGCUACCUGGCCAUUAACCACGCCUACUUCUACAAUCACUAUGUGGAUAAGAAACUGGCGGGACUCACGCUCUUCGCUAUCUACGUGUCCAACGUGUUGUUCUGCGCUCUGCCCGGCAUGGGCCUCGGCAAGUCCACCCUCCAGUAUCCCAGGACCUGGUGCUUCAUUGACUGGAGAACCAACGUUUCGCGGCACGCGGCUUUCUCCUAUAUGUACGCGGGGUUCAGCUCGUUCCUCAUCCUCGCCACGGUGCUGUGCAAUGUGCUAGUGUGCGUGGCGCUAAUCCGAAUGCACCGCCAGUUUGUGCGCAGGACUUCGCUGGGGACCGACAACCGGAUGAGCGACUUCAAGAGACGCCGGAGCUUCGGGAGGAUGGCGGGGGCUGAGAUCCAGAUGGUCAUCGUUCUUAUCGGGACGUCUGUGGUGGUUGUGAUCUGCUCGACCCCCCUAGUGGUCCGUAUUUUCAUUAACCAGCUCUACCAGCCAGAGGUCGUGGAGAACAUACCAAAGAAUCCCGAUCUACAGGCCAUCCGAAUUGCAUCGGUCAAUCCUAUUCUAGAUCCUUGGAUUUAUAUCCUCCUCAGGAAGACUGUCUUAAGCAAACUGAUAGAGAAAAUCAAGUGCUUAUUCUGUCGAAUCGGUGUGAGCAGGAGACCACACUCCGCAGGAAGUUUGAACUGCAAAGAAGGAAGCAGAGCCUCCUCCGCUCUCUCCAGUCAUUCCCCUUCAUUUGUGUCCCGGGAGCUGAGAGAAGUCAGUUCAACUUCUCAGACUUUACUCUAUCCUCUAGAACAGACUGAUGGAUUAAAAGGGAGCACUGUGUUGCCAGGGGUCAUAAUAGCCAUUAACCUGCCUGGAUCAACGGAUAGGACGUUUCGGGGUUCUGAUCAGUCCGUUUCUUCUCAGGGUCCAGAUUCAGAGCAAGUGUCACUCGUGAACGAGACACAACCCACACAAGUAACUCAAAAUGGCUCUUUGUCAAAGGGAAACCCACUCCGUGUCACAUUUCCUAAUGAAGCAUUAGAUUUAUCAGGAAAAUGUAUAUAGAACAAUAAGGUAACCCUAGAGUGUUUAGGUAGAAGUUAAAAUGAACAUUGCACUCUUCUCCUUGAUAUUCAUCAUGACAAAGGCUUCAUUUAAUCCAAUCAUGGAAUGAUACUUUUAAGAGGCCGAGGUCUUUGAGUGAUCUAGAAACAUUUCUACUUGCUUCAGUCCAUGGAAUGGUGUUUGUCUCACCUUACGUAAGGAUUUGCUAUUUCUGACGUUAUUACUUAUAGCACUGGCACUUUUUUGAGAGGAAACGUGUCGCCUUCCUAAGGUGUUCAUUUGCUUAAGGCUGACAGAAGAGAAAGUGUUGGGUGGAUCCCAGUCGACCACUUUCCAUUGACUAUUUCUGGACAAAGCCAAUUUGUCUGUUGUUAUGACCUCAGCGUGUCUAAGGUUUAAAAUGUGAAUUUCAGUGGAUAAUCUAUGUCUGCAUUCGGAAUGUAAAUGUAUUUAUUGUCUUCUCUGUGAGAAGGGGUUUAUUUUUAGAUCUGAAAGCUUAGUAAAUGAAUUUUACAUGCGUUAUCCUCUUCGUUCUUCUAGAAUGUCUUGAGGAGAACACUUAGGGGCAGAUUUA